AUGUUCGCCACCGCCAUUCUCUCUCAGGUCCUGCUCGCGGCUACCGCACUGGCCGUUCCUACCUCAUCGGAGCGCUACUCUCGCCGCAUCGAGCGCCGCGCCUCGGGCUGGCAUUUCUCCAAGCCUUCCCUUAGGCACGAACUUCUGCCGCUCUCGGAGGGCGAGACCAAGGGCCCUACGGACCAGGCCAACGUGCAGUACAGCGGCAAUUGGGCAGGCGCUGUUCUCCUUGCGGACAAUGCCACAUACACCGCUGUGACAGCAUCGUUCACCGUUCCGAAGCCGUCCGGCUCAUCUGGUGCUUCUGCGUCGGCAUGGGUCGGGAUUGAUGGUGAUACCUGCUCCCAGGCGAUCUUGCAGACCGGCGUUGAUUUCACCGUCGGCAAAGACGGCAAGGAGUCUUAUGAUGCUUGCGUAACGGUGACCGUUACCGCCUCGUCUCUCACGAGCGGCACAGCCGUUAUCGAGAACACUACGACGGGUAAGAAGGUCUCGCACACCUUCAACAACCAGACCCAGGCGCUCUGCGAGACCAACGCCGAAUGGAUCGUCGAGGACUUCGAGUCCAACGGCUCGCAGGUCGACUUUGCCAACUUCGACAAGGUCACGUUCACCAACGCUACUGCUACACUCAAGGACGGGUCCACCGUCGGACCCACGGGCGCCGAUAUCCUCGACAUCAAGAUGAACAAUACCAUCUACACCGACUGCUCGGCGGACGACUCCUCGGUUACCUGCUCGUACUCCAAGUCUACCUAA